AUGUUAUCCCGCGUGGCUUGUCAAAAAAAUGCUUUCCUUCACUUGCGGAGGGCUCAGUCCUUCCGAGCAUCGUUCCAUCUGCCGACAACACGGUCACAUUCGAGUAAUCGGAACUCACUUUUAAAUCUGUCGUCCAAUUCGAUUCACGAUCGCCCGCGCAAUCCGUCUCCGAAAUCAGAGCGUCAUCUUGCUACAGCCGCCGACCAUUCUAGCAUCGACGGGCAUUCGUCCGAGACUUACGACCACUUCAUGCACAUGCCCUUUGAGAGCUUUGAUACAUCAUCCCUGAUCAUCCUCGACUCGACGCCACAAUCACAAUCAAAAAUUUUCCGAAGGAGGCAUGGUGUCGGCGGUGAUGAAAUAGAGAUGAAGGCCAAUCUAGAGCUCUCAUUGAAGAUCGGGGAAUUCGAGCGAGCCUCUAAGUUGAUUACUCGCCUUGGCCAUUAUCACCCGCCUGGCUCAGAUGAGUAUCUCGUUAUUCAUAACCGUUUCAUGAAAAAAAUGGUGGCGUAUAUGAUCCUCAACCGGCAGCAAGACAUGAUUUUACCGUUGCAGAAAUGGUUCGAAGUUGAUAUGCCUGCCGGUGGCGUGACACCGGAUGCAAGCAGUUUUGCGAUUAUGAUUCGAAUGGCGCUGCGUAUGCUUCAUGGAUCGAAGCGCGACAGAACUGUUCGUCGAUACUGGGAACUUGCUCAAAACGCGGGCUUAGAGGAGGAGCUUGUCGGCAUUGAGGUUCUUGAGGACUCUGAUGUUGGUGAGCUGUCUAAGAUUUGCUCCUCCGACAUGCUGGACUUGGUCUCCAAAUAUAUGGACUUCUCCGAAACUACCGAAGCGCCUUCCGCCAUCGCCGAUAAUACCCCCCAGGUGCAAGCUGCCGACCAAAGGGGAUUGGGACUGGCAUCUCUGAAACAGUCUCUGUCUCUUUUCUCAGGCAAUUCUGACGUACGCUUGCCCGAAAAUUUUACUGGCACCGAAGAGGAAGGAAAGCAAUUGCUUUCAGAUUUGAGGCAAACACGACUUGAAACCGAUAGUCUCGAUUCGGCCCUCUGGCGUUGGCGCUCAGAUAAUGCGGAAAGACAAAAAUCAGGGUUCAACGUGGCUUCUGAUGAGAAAAAGCUCAACAGAAUCAUGAGCCAAUGGCACGCGGACCUUGUGAAAAGAAUCAAGAAGGAGUUGGUACUCGUUAAAGAGACACUUGCGGCCCGUAUCAAAAGUAUUGAGCAAAAAGAGCGCUGUGAAUAUGGUGUGUUUUUGCAAGCCCUCGAUCCCGACCGGUUAGCUGCACUCACUCUCUUGUCUGUGAUGUCUACUUUCAGUCGCCAGGGGAUGGACAAGGGAAUCAAACUUUCUAUCCUCGCUUCAAUAGUUGGAAAAGAGUUGCAAGAUGAACUGAUUGCCGACACCUAUCUGAAAAAGACUAAGUCUAUGGAUCCGAGUCGUCUCAAGGCACUGAAGCAGACUCUCGCAAACCGCAAAGACAAGCAAGGCCGACUUCGAUGGCGGUCGCUCGUUGAAAAGAUCAAUGCGGAAGAUGAAUCUAUAGUCUGGGGCUCUCGCUCACAGGUCAAAAUCGGUGCUGUUUUGAUGAGCAUGUUAGUCGAAGUUGCGAAAGCCCCUGUUUGGACCGAGGAUCCUGUCACCAAAAAAAGGAUUCUCAAUAUGCAACCAGCCUUCGACCAUUCUUAUCAGAUUAACUUCGGGAAACGAUCCGGUCAUAUCCACAUGAAUAGUAGACUUGUGGAAAUCGUUGCCAGGGAGCCACCCGCCGAGCUGUUGGCCCGUCACCUCCCCAUGGUUUGCAAACCUAAACCAUGGUCAGGGCCAAGAACUGGCGGGUAUAAGAUAUACGAGUCCAACCUAGUGCGCACUACUCCUGGUGAAACACUACAACCUGCCUAUCUCAAGGCGGUCUUGAAAGAUGAUGGGCUGAAAGAGAUCCGAGCAGGCCUUGAUGUUCUCGGUGCCACUGGAUGGAAGAUCAAUCAUCAAGUUUUUGACGUGAUGCUCGAGGCUUGGAAUAACGGGGGAGCUGUGGGAAAGCUCGCCCCCUUGAAUCCAGACCUGCAGGCGCCAGAACAACCAAGUCCAGACGCCGACUACGCAACCCAAAGAGAGUGGCACCAAAAGAUUCGUGAAAUCGAAAAUCUUCGCUCUGGGUUUCAUUCUGUUCGAUGCUUCCAGAACUUCCAGCUUGAGGUAGCGCGAGCCUUCCGGAAAGAGGUCUUCUAUCUGCCCCAUAACAUGGAUUUCCGCGGGAGAGCUUACCCACUCCCUCCUUACAUGAAUCAGAUGGGGGCUGACAAUUCAAGAGGGUUGCUUCUUUUCGACAAGGGCAAGGCACUCGGGCCAUCUGGCAUGCGCUGGUUAAAAAUUCAGAUUGCAAACUUGUUUGGAUUUGAUAAAGCGAGCAUGUCUGAACGGGAGCAAUUCACAAUGAACAAUUUGGAUGAUGUUCUUGACUCUGCCAACGCGGGACUCCAUGGACGACGGUGGUGGCUCCAGGCUGAAGAUCCAUGGCAGCUUUUGGCAGCGUGUUGCGAACUGCGCAACGCCUUGCAGCUCUCUGAGCCCACGGACUAUAUCUCCCAUCUUCCAAUUCACCAAGAUGGCUCUUGCAAUGGACUUCAACAUUAUGCCGCUCUGGGUGGUGACCGUGUCGGCGCCCAGCAGGUCAAUCUUGAGCCAUCUGAUCGCCCUUCGGACGUCUAUACCGGUGUGUGUGAAUUUGUCAAGGAAGCCAUUGCAGAGGACGCAGCCAAUGGCCAGCAUUUGGCUCAGCUUCUCGAAGGCAGAGUCACCAGAAAGAUUGUGAAGCAGACGGUCAUGACUAAUGUCUACGGCGUGACCUUUUUGGGGGCGACGAGACAGGUCAAGAGGCAGCUUAUCGACUAUCUCCCUGAUCUCAGCAAUGCAGAUAGGAACAGCGCGGCUUUCUACAUCGCAACAAAGAUCUUUGGCGCUCUCGGAUCCAUGUUCAACGGAGCCCAUGAGAUCCAGUAUUGGCUUGGCGAUUGUGCCCAACGCAUUACACAGUCUGUGACACCGGAGCAAAUCGAGGAGCUCACGCAAGCAGCAUUAGUACCCAAGGAGGAACGCGACGAUGAUUAUUCGUCAUCCACUGAUCCAGAGAAAUCCUUCAGGUCGACUGUGAUUUGGACGACCCCACUGGGUCUCCCAGUGGUUCAGCCAUAUCGCACUCGCAAGACGCGGCGUGUUCAGACUAGUUUACAAGACAUCAGUCUCGUUGACCCCGGCUCUGAUGAUGUUGUUACAAAGCGCAAGCAGCUUCAGGCCUUCCCGCCGAACUUCAUCCACUCUCUUGAUGCCACACACAUGAUCAUGUCCGCCAAUGCAUGCCAUGAAGCGGGCCUAACUUUUUCCGCUGUCCAUGAUUCAUUCUGGACCCAUGCUGCCGAUAUCGACCAGAUGAACCUCAUUCUUCGAGAUGCCUUCGUUCGCAUGCAUUCCGAUGAUGUUGUCGGGCGCCUCGGCGCUGAAUUCAAAGUGCGAUAUGGCAAGAAUAUGUUCCUGGCCAGAAUCUCCCGCUAUAGCCCCUUGGGUCGGGCGAUCUUCGCGCACCGCAACAGCACUAGGAUUACCAAACUCCAAGAGUUGAUCAACGAACACCGACGGCAAACUUUGCUCAACUCGGAAGAUCCGGAAGAUCAGGCCGAGGGUCGUGCUAUGGUGACACCCUGCAGUAUAUUUGAAGAGUUGGGGGGUACAGACUCUGACCUGACUACCUUCAAAACAAUGGGUACAAACUCAAUUGGGUACAUUCCAGAAGUUAUUCCUGAUCCGGAACGGAUACCGAUAGGAUGUGCAAUCGACACCAACGAUCCGGCCAUUGAGAGCCUGGUCGGCGACCUCGAGAUGUUCGAGGCGAAGCAGACCUCCCGUGGCGAUAUGUCCAAAGUAGAGGAUGAUGUCCAUGGUGAACCCUCCGAUCAGACCGAUCCGUCCGAGCAGUCCGAACAGAAUGAGCAGAACGAGCAGUCCCAGAGCUCUGCGCAGCCAAAUAAUAGGUCAGCGCGCCACUUAACCACGUGGUUAUGGAUGCCUCUGAACUUUCGCCCCGUCCCCAAAAAGGGCGACUGGGACCUGACCCGAAUUCGUGAGAGUGAAUACUUCUUCUCAUGA